AAACAAGAACAAUAACAAUAAUAAUCAAUAAAAACAGCGUCAUAGACGCCGACGACCAACCAAACCAAGCUCAUAUUGUCUGUCAGACUUUUCUCUCUCUCUCUCUCUCUCUCUACCCUUCUUCCAUUCCUCUUCUCCAUUCACCUUCAGCUUCACCAGUUUUGGCAGAAUUUUGUAAAUUGAGAUAGGCAGAGAGCCAUGUCAGGGGGCAAUAGUAUCAGAAAAGCACUUGGAGCCCUUAAGGAUACCACCACUGUCUCCUUGGCUAAGGUCAACAGUGAUUACAAGGAGUUGGACAUUGCUAUAGUUAGAGCCACCAAUCAUGUUGAACGUCCAUCAAAGGAGAAACAUAUAAGAGCUAUAUUUUCAGCAAUCUCAGCUACAAGACCUAGGGCCGAUGUUGCCUAUUGCAUCCACGCACUUGCAAGGCGAUUGUCAAGGACACAUAACUGGGCGGUUGCAUUGAAAACUUUAGUUGUGAUUCACCGUGCUUUGAGGGAAGUGGAUCCCACAUUUCAUGAAGAGCUCAUUAAUUAUGGGAGAAGUCGAAGCCAUAUGCUCAACAUGUCUCAUUUUAAAGAUGAUUCCAGUCCAAACGCAUGGGAUUAUUCUGCAUGGGUCCGCACUUACGCAUUAUUUUUGGAGGAAAGGCUGGAAUGUUUUCGUGUGUUGAAGUAUGACAUUGAAGCAGACCGUCCCAGGACCAAAGAUUUGGAUACUGCGGAAUUGCUAGAGCAGUUGCCAUCUUUACAACAACUUCUAUAUCGAGUUAUCGGUUGCCAGCCACAAGGGGCAGCUAUAAAUAACUUCAUCAUUCAGUUGGCACUCUCAAUGGUUGCUUCGGAAAGCAUUAAAAUUUAUCAGGCUAUCAGCGAUGGAACUGCUAAUAUGGUUGAUAAGUUUUUUGAGAUGAAUCGCCAAGAUGCUUUGAAAGCUAUUGAUAUUUACAGAAGGGUUGGCCAGCAGGCUGAAAGAUUGUCAGAGUUUUAUGAAAUAUGCCGUAAUCUUGAUAUUGGACGUGGAGAGAAGUUUAUUAAAGUUGAGCAGCCCCCUUCAUCCUUUCUGCAAGCCAUGGAAGAGUAUGUCAAAGAUGCUCCUCAGGGAUCAAUAGCUCGCAAGAACCAGGCCGCAGACAACAAAAUUGCCUCUCCAACGGAAGUUUUGGCUAUUGAAUACAAAGAGUCUCCAGAAAGGCAGGAGGACCAUUCACCCUCACCCAGUCCACCUCCGCCUUCUGAACCUGUGAAAGUUGAAGUACCACCAGUACAACCACCACCUGAUUUAUUGAAUUUGGAUGAUCCUGUUCCAGCUGCAGCAGAGUUGGAAGAGAAGAAUGCCUUGGCUUUAGCCAUUGUUUCUGUUGCUGAUCAACAACCUACCGCUGUUUCAAAUCACGCAAAUGGAGUCACAGGAUGGGAAUUGGCACUUGUCACGGCUCCUAGUUCGAAUGAGAAUGCUACAACAGCUAGCAAACUGGCUGGAGGCUUUGACAAGCUUACACUAGACAGCCUAUAUGAUGAUGCACUCAGGCGAACCAACCAAAAUGUCAGCUAUAAUCCAUGGGAGCCGGCACCAGCAGGAGCCACGAUGCAGCCGACGAUGCACGAUCCAUUUUUCGCCUCUAAUGCAAUGGCUGCUCCACAUUCUGUUCAGAUGGCAGCCAUGUCCAACCAGCAGCAGGCUUUCAUGUAUCAACAGCAGCAGCAGCAGCAGCAAAUGAUGAUGAUGCCGCCUCAACAGCCGGCGGCAAAUCCUUUUGGAAAUGCUUAUGGAGGAGCUACCGUUCACCCCUAUGGAUCAGGUAUGCCUGUGCAGUCGUACAAUCCAUAUACAGGCCUCAUCUAGACAUCUUGUCUGGAAAAGAAAUCGUUAAUAAGCUCAAGUGAAGAGAAAGAAAUGCGGAUACUCGGCUUUCGGCUUGUGUUUUGGAGGCAUGAAGAAUGGACAGUUGUAUCAUAUAUUCAUAUGUCUUUUGUGUGCCAUAGAUAGCAAGAUUGAAAUUCUUUUGGAAUAAUUAGCAGAGGGAAGGGGGGUUUUGGUUAAUAUGAUUUUUUAUGUACAAGGUAAUUCAUAAUCAGCUUUAAUUCAAACCACGUAGAAUUUUUAUCCCACAUUUAUUAUUGUUAACUCUUUAGCAGGAAAUUUGUUCUUGAUAAAUUGAAUUAUUAUUGUUUUCAGUUGUCAUUCCCUGUAAAUGGUGUGGGGAGUAUAUUCAUUGUGAUUGUUUUACCAACAUUUAUUCAAUGAAAAUAUGUCUAGUGUGAGAAUUGAGUA